AUUCUAAGGUCCAAUCUAAGCCACCCUUCAGUAAUCAGUGGACGCCGUACCAGUGUCUGAAAAGCAGCGAGUUAACGCAAACUCGCUCCGGCGAGCCCCAUUUCUUCGCUUCUUCACAGCUCGUCAUGCAAAUCCAACGGUAGCUUCCUGUUCAUGACCGUUUAGCAGGAGGGAAAGGACGAAAGAGAGCUUGAGGAACUAUAAAAAUGGUGGUUUCGAGUUCGAAUCCUCAUAACAAGGAGAUUGCCAUCAGAAGGAGGAUUGCCAGCAUUUUCAAUAAACGAGAGGACGAUUUUCCAUCACUGAGAGAAUACAAUGACUACUUGGAGGAGGUGGAGGACAUGACAUUUAAUCUGAUUGAAGGUAUAGACGUCCCUGCUAUUGAAGCAAAAAUUGCCAAAUACCAGGAAGAAAAUGCUGAACAAAUAAUGAUUAAUCGAGCCCGGAAGGCCGAAGAGUUAGCCGCGGCUCUAGCAGCAUGCAAGGGACAUACUGCACAAUCUGAUAAUGAUGGGGUACUGGGCCAAAGUUCUCAAGCUGGAUUUAGUAUGGGUGUGCAAGGCCAAUAUGCUCCUACAGUUGCAGGAGGACAACCACGACCGACUGGCAUGGCCCCACAACCAAUACCCCUUGGAGGGGGACCUGAUAUGCAAGGUUAUGAUGAAGAGGAAAUGAUGAAGCUCCGAGCAGAGAGAGGUGGAAGAGCAGGAGGUUGGAGUGUAGAAUUAAGCAGGAAGAGGGCUAUUGAAGAAGCCUUCAGUAGCAUUUGGAUAUAUUAGCACGCCAUUUUUCAGGAUCUUUCUUAUUAGACACAUGGUUUCUCAUGAAAGGGAGAGCUGGAGAGAACACAAUGUUUUCUAUUUUACCUAAAUUAUUACAAAUGUGUAGAGAUUAUAGUAUGUAUGAGAAAUGAUUUAUUUCUUGUUGUCA